AUGGGCGUGUCCCUCUUCUUCCUCCUCCUCGUGGCUUCCUCCUCCUCUGUGGCGCGGGGGGAGUGGGGCGGCGUGCCGCGGGGGAGCAGGGCGCCGCCGGCCGCGGGGGGAAGCGGGGCGGCGCACGGGCCGCGGGGGGAGCAGGGCGCCGGCCGUGGGGGGAGCGGGCGCCGGCCGCGGGGGGAGCAGGGCGCCGCCGGCCGCGGGGUGCAGCGGGCGCGGCCGCGGGGGGAGCCGCCGCGGGGGGAGCGGGGCGCCGCCGACCGCGGGGGGGGGGGGGGGAGCAGGGCGCCGGCCGCGGAGGGGUUGGGGGGCGGAGCAGGGCGCCGCCGGCCGCGGGGGGAGCAGGGCGCCGGCUGA